UGUGCUGUGAGGCUGUCAGAAACGGGGGGUGUGAGGAGGAGAGAGUCCCUAAUCAUGGCUGCUUCCUCAGCUCGUCUGCUAAAGAGACUGUACGCGUUCCUGCUGAUAUGUCCCCUCUGUGUCCCAGCCGUCUUGAACUUGGAGGAGCUGAACGAGAUGAAGUACGGGAUUCAAAUCCUCUCCGACCCCGUCAUCCUGGGCCAGACCAAGACGGAGGAAGUUAUGAUGGUGUCCAGUAAGUACAAGCAGCUGUAUGAGUGUCGACUUCCAGCCCAGGCGGUCCGGUUUCAUCAGGAUCCAGCCUCCGAGCCGGACUCACAAGGGUACGCUGGACCGGACAUCCCAGACCUGCUCAGUCCAAUGCACACCGCCCCGUGUCUGGUGAAGACGAAGGACUGGUGGACCUACGAGUUCUGUCAUGGUCAGCAUAUCAGACAGUACCACCUUGAAGACACAGAAAUCAAAGGCGACAUUCUGUUCCUUGGUUAUUAUGAGUCUGAAUUUGAUUGGAACAAUGACACUGCAAAGGCCUCCAAACAGCACAGGCUGAAGCGCUACCACAGUCAGACCUAUGUGAAUGGCUCAAAGUGCGACCUAAAUGGAAAUGCCAGAGAGACCGAAGUCCGGUUUGUGUGUGAAGAAGGCGCAGGUGACUACAUUGUCCGAGUGGAUGAGCCUCAGUCGUGUCGCUAUGUGCUGACAAUUCACACUAGUCGCACCUGCCAGCAUCCGUUCCUGCAGCCACCGUCCACUGCCAAGCCCCAGGGUAUCGUGUGCCAGCCGGCGCUAAGUGCCCAGCAGUACAUGGAUUACGUCAAGGCCCAAGUCUCCGACACAAAGCGUAAAGUAGAGCAGAUCUCAGAGGAGCUGAGGAGUCUUGAUGAGAUGUUGGCAGGUAAUGAUGGAGCAGAUGGAGCAGUGGAAGUAACAGCAGAAGAAACAUCACCUGUAUCCAGUGAUGACUCGGACCACUCAGACACAACAGACACUGCUGAUGUAUCUGUGGAUGUCGGGUCAGAAGAGGCAGAGGAUUCAGAUUUCUGGGAGGGAGUGACAAAACCAGGGAGUUCAAAAACGACAGCUUCUCAACAGGAGAGUCAGGCAGCUGGUGAUGACUUUAACUCACUCACAGACAAUGGAGUCAUUGAUGAUAUUGAUGAAGGAGAAAAAUUCAACUUUAAAAUCAUCACUGACCCAGCAGACCUGAUGAAAUUUGUCCAGCACCUCAAAGAGAGUAAUAGGAAGAAAGCUCAAAACGAAGCCAGAAGUGGAGGGGAGAAACGGACAGCAGACAGGGAGACAGAGAAGCUCGGUGAGGAAGAGAAAGAUGAAGAUGAACGCCUACUACAGGAGUUUGAGGAUGAGAUGGGUGACCUCUCUGUGUCAUCUGAUAAGAUUGAAGAAAUAAAGGAGGAAAUGCAGAAGGAGUUUGACAACAUCAUAAAUGAGGCCCAGCAGGAAUUAGAGACUGAGGGUCUUAAGGGGGAGUUUGAUCGCACUCAAGCAGCACAGACACUGGAGACAACACUAGACAAGCUACUCGAUCAUUUGGAGGACAAAGACGUCGAGGACCAAGAGCAGCAAAUAGCAGGUCAAAGAACCAGUGAUCCGACCAGGGGCAGCCCCAGCCUGGCUCCAAAGCACCCAGACCAAGCGGCUGACGACCAUGUUAAGAUCAAAAUUACUAAGUAUAAGACGGGCAGCAGCCCUGAUGGGGAGGUCAAAGUUCAGGAGAUGGGCGAAGGAGACCCCCAGUGGCAGCACAUAAAGGACGUGGUUAAAGAACAGCUAGAGAAAGCAGGACUGAAGGCCGAAGGUAAAAUUGAGGUGAAGAUCUUGACAAGAAAGAAUGCAGAGGAGGCAGGUGAUCAGUGGCUGACCGAAGAAGAUACAAAGUCCUUCAGAGAGCUCCUCAUAAACCUCCUGACUGGAGGCACAGAGGAAGUUUACAAGGAGCAAAAGAGGCAGCAGGAUUUGGAGAACAACUAUAGGUUUGUGUGGGGAGAGUCCCAGGAGGAGUCCCAAUCAUCCAGCACCUCGGACUCAGACGAUGUGGACAUUUGAGCUCAUUCAGGACAUUCAGUGCACCUUUUUGUGACGGUGAACUCCAGUGGCAACCAGAAGGGAGGGGGACUCUGAAGUGCAGCAGGAAAUAAAAAAAAGAGCCCAAAGGAUUGAAUUAUUGCUAUGAAACCUGGCAGAUUCUCGACUCACCUGUUUGCACAUUGUGAUUGUGUUUUGACGAGGCAAUAUGUGUCUUUAGUAGGCACCAUUUACAUGCUGCAUAAGUAAAAACUGCAGCGUUGUCAGCCGUACUUGUGCAGCUAAAUGAAGUUAUGCAUUUUCCCCUUUUCGAUGGGAUUGGCUCCAAACCUUUUUAGAAAUAUUUCAGUGAGUUUUACUGAAUAUUUGUAGUUUAGUUCUGAAGUCAUACUUUAUUUCUGAUAUGACACUUCCGGGGGGAAUUUGCAUGCCUCAACAAACUGGAUGAGUAUCUCCAUGGGUGGAUUGUAGGUGAAAAUGGGAAAAAAAGGGACAAAUACUCAAAGGUUCAUAUUUCAGUUCCUGCUUGUCAUUGAAACUUUCUAACACACUGUGUUUGAUGAUAAUGUUAUCAACAAACAGAACUGUAGAUUACUAUAGAAGUGUUUGUGAAUAUGCUGUGGCACUUUAUAUUUUUAGAAACACCAAAUGUUUUGGUUUUCCCUUCGAGUGUUGUGUGAUUCAAAAGAGAAACACUUUAGUACUUUGUUUUUGUUCCUGACAAGAAUUUACCCAUCUUUUAUUUGCUUAUAUUUAAUUUAGCAAAGGAACACAAUGAAAGCUACACUGUCAAUCAUAUUCAGUCUACCAAAACAAUGAAUCCACACAAAACCUUUCUAUGGAUCCUUCCGAGGUGUACCUCAAAGGGCUGAAUUUGUACAGUUUGUGAAUAAUUACGGCUACUUUGAACCUGUACAUAAUUAUUCCGUGAAUAUGGUUUGGAAUUGAUUUGUUGUAUGUUAGCACAAAUUAAGUGAGUUGCUUGAGUAACUGUGUUAAAAAAUGUGUGAAUCCUGUACAUUAAUUUCAAUGCAGGACAGAGUAAUAUACAAACUUUUUCAGACACUCGACUGCGCCAUUUAUUGUCCAGAGGAUCAAGAUUAGACAUGAAUAAGCAGAAGAGAAUUACAGGACUUGUGGGGUGCGUUUCUUUUAUAUGGUCAUCAGAAUUUGUCCUCUAAAAAUUUACAUUCACCAUUUAAUGGAUUAUCUGGUCUGGGGCCUACAAUCAGAACAUUGGAUUAGUGAGUUUUCCAGCCGUCUUUGGUCUUAACUCAGGUUUUUCCUGUGUUACGAAACCUGUGUUUUUAACUGCCUCUUUCAAAGGGCUAGAUUAAAACCCGGAAGUAGCUGAGCCUGUUGAUAAUCAGCUUCUUGGCACUGGUUAUACAGGAUAAACGAUUCAAACAGGGCUCAGUAAUGACACGUAACCUAGAGAGAAUUGGAGAGAGACUCAACAUGUGUGAUACAGGUCUUAAACAAGCACAGGUGUUUACACACUGAUUUUGAUCUUAUGCUUCAGCGGCGCACACUAUUUUUUAACCACAAUGUUUUACAAUAGAGGCAAAAGACAGGAUUUGUUACUGUAUUAUUGAAUAGGGCUGUUUUACUAUAUUAGGAAUACGAUUGUCUUUAUAGUCUGACAAAUGUCCAUUUGAGCUGCCUUGUGAAUACAAGUAUUUGAGCAAUCUUUGUUUUCUGUUUUUUUUUAAAUAAACAAUACCAUGGGAGCCCACAGUACAUCA